GGAACAACUCUAAUUCCGGAUACAUUAGUGCGAAAGCUAAUGGCGGUGACCGUGGAGAUCACACGGCGCGCCGUGCUGAGUCCCCGGCCAAGCUGCGACGACCAUGCCGGCAGCCGGACAAUCCCGCUCACCAUUUUCGACCGCGCCGCCACCGACGGCUACGUCCCUGCGGUCUUCGCGUGGACCGCGCAGGCCGCGCCGACCAACGCCACUCUCGUGGACGGCCUCCUCGCGACCGUCGCAAGGUUCCCGCACCUCGCCGGUCGGUUGGGCGUCGAUGACCGCGGCAGGCGGUGCUUCCACCUCAACGACGCCGGUGUGCGUGUCAUCGAAGCCGCUGCAGCGGCGGACCUCGCGGAUGCCCUUGCGCACGGCGUGUCGGGCCACAUCGAUCAGCUGUAUCCCCAGGCGGACAAGGUGCCCGUGCACGAACGUGCCGACGAGCCGCUCCUCCAGGUGCAGCUCACGCGGUACAGGUGCGGCGGACUGGUGAUCGGCACCGCGUGCCAGCACCUCGUCGCCGACGGGCAGUCCAUGAGCUUCUUCUACGCGGCGUGGGCGACUGCCGUAAGCACCGGCUUGGCCGUCCUCCCGUCGCCCUUCAUUGACCGCACGGCGGCGGUUGUCCUCCGCAACCCACCAGCGCCGGCCUUCGACCACCGAAACAUCGAGUUCAAGGGCGAGCACAGCCCGAGGCGCUCCUACCCUGUCGUCCCCCUGGACAGGAUCAAGAACAUCACAAUGCACUUCCCCGAGGAGUUCGUGGCAAGGCUGAAGGCCCGCGUUGCCGCGCGGUGCAGCGUGUUCCAGUGCCUCCUGGCGCACGCUUGGAAGAAGGUCACGGCGGCGCGGAACCUGUCGCCGGAAGAGCUCACGCAGGUGAGGGUCGCCGUGAACUGCCGGAGCAGGGCCAAGCCUUCCGUGCCCAUGGACUUCUUCGGCAACAUGGUUCUCUGGGCGUUCCCGAGGAUGCGCGCCGGGGAGCUCCUGUCCUCGAACUACGCCGCCGUGGUCGGCGUCAUCCGCGACGCCGUGGCGCGCGUUGACGCGGAGUAUAUCCAGUCGUUCGUCGACUUCGGCGAAGCGUUGGAGCGCAGCGGGGAACAGCUGACCCCGACGGCAGCGGUUGUGGGCACGGCGUUCUCCCCGGACCUGGAGGUGGACAGCUGGCUGGGGUUUCGAUUCCAUGAUCUAGACUUUGGCGGCGGGCCGCCAUGCGCGUUCCUGCCGCCGGUCGUGCCUAUCGAGGGGCUCAUGUUCUUCGUGCGGUCAUGCACGGCCAAGCCUGGCGUCGACCUCUUGGCAGCGAUCCACGACGAGCACGUAGAUGCAUUCAAGCAGAUCUGCUACUCUUUAGACUGAUCGGGAACACCUACAACUAUGCGUCUAUGUGUGCAUGUACGUCUUGGAAUUAAGAUUUCUAAAGUGGUUUGGUUGUA